UGCCUGCUCUGUCUGUCUCCCCCCUCUCUCUCGCUCUCUCUCUCCCCCUGCGCCGCGCAGAUCCCCCAGUGCGUCCCCUCGCCAGGAGUGCGCACUUCAGGACAGAGGAUCGCAGGAUACUGAAAUAAUUCAAACAUAAUCCAUAGAGAAGAAGAAGAGGAGGGGGCAACACAAUAGAAAGAAGUUGUCAAGGGAAGAGGGGUCUCCCCAAAACCUAAGGGGCCGUUUUAAUUUACUGAGGGCUGCAGCGCCACAGGGUCCGCCGCCUGGUUUCUGGGACUAUUUGGGACGUUGCAGGCAGUCAUGAGUCGCAGCAUCGUGCGGCAGAGUAAGUUUCGCCACGUCUUCGGGCAGGCUGUCAAAGCUGAGCAGGCUUACGAUGACAUCCGGGUCUCCAAGGUGACAUGGGACAGCUCCUUUUGUGCUGUCAAUCCAAAGUUCUUGGCUGUCAUUGUGGAGUCCAGCGGAGGAGGAGCGUUUCUUGUCUUGCCUCUCUCUAAGACAGGGCGUGUGGAUAAGAACUACCCACUUGUAAUUGGCCACUCUGGACCUGUGCUGGAUAUUGACUGGUGCCCUCAUAAUGACAACAUCCUGGCCAGCUGCUCAGAAGACUGCACUGCAAUGGUCUGGCAGAUCCCAGAUCACUCCCUGACCCGCCCCCUUUCUGAUCCCGUUGUCGUGUUAGAGGGACACUCCAAACGAGUCGGAAUCGUUAGCUGGCACCCCACAGCACGCAACAUCCUCCUCACUGCCGGCAGUGACAACCUGAUCAUAAUUUGGAAUGUGGGCACAGGUGAACCUCUCAUCUCCAUGGACGACCAUCCAGAUCUAAUCUACAGCGUCAGCUGGAACCGGAACGGCAGCUUGUUUUGCACCACCUGUAAGGAUCGACGCCUGCGUGUAUGUGACCCUCGAAAGAGGGAAGUGGUGGCGGAACGGCUGGCUCCACAUGAGGGCAUCCGACCGAUGAGAGCCAUUUUCAUAAGAGACGGAAACAUUUUCACAACCGGAUUCACUCGGAUGAGCCAGAGAGAGCUCGGCCUCUGGGACCCGACAAACUUUGAAGAGCCUAUAGCACUUUUGGAGUUGGACACAAGUAACGGAGUGUUAUUACCUUAUUAUGAUGCAGACGCAAACAUGGUCUACUUGUGUGGAAAGGGGGACAGCAGUAUCCGUUACUUCGAGAUCACAGAGGAGUCGCCAUAUGUCCAUUACCUCAACACCUUCAGCAGUAAGGAGCCCCAAAGAGGGAUGGGCUUCAUGCCUAAGAGAGGAGUGGAUGUUACCAAAUGUGAGAUUGCACGGUUGUACAAGCUGCUUGAUAAAAAGUGUGAGCCCAUCACCAUGACCGUUCCUAGGAAAUCCGACCUAUUCCAGGAUGACUUGUACCCUGACACAGCAGGCCCAGAUCCUGCCAUGGAGCCCGAAGAGUGGUUGGAUGGUCGUGAUGAAGACCCCAUCCUGAUCUCCAUGAGGGAUGGCUACGUGCCUCCGAAGAGCCGAGAGCUGAAAGUGGCCAAGAAGAACGUGUUGGAAUCCAGACCCACCACCAGACGUAGCAUGUCUACCUUGGACACCAACAGCUUGCCUCCUCAGCUGCUUGAGAGACUCCUGGAGGAGCUUCAGAACCUGAAGGCCACAGUUUUGUCACAGGAGAAGCGGAUCUGUGACUUGGAAAAUAAGCUUUCCCAGUACACCAAUGGCACUGCUUGAUGCACAUGUGAACACAUCCCUUAAAGAACCAGUCUGAAUUUUAGAAUCACCGUUAUCAUAGAAAUGUCCCUUCUGAAUAUCCAUAGCCAGACUGCCUCAUUUAAAGGCACACUGUGUAACUUUUGGCCACUAGGGACGCUAUACCUGUAACUGCUGGUAUUUGCUUCUACGAAACAUCUGUCAUGGUCCCUAGUUUUCUGACCCACAUGCAGAAAACAGCAAGCAGACAGGAAGGGCAGAUUUAAGUUUGUUUAUUUAAAAAAAACAAAGACGACACGCAGAUUUUCCUUCAGGGCGUCUUGAAACGAAGGGAGCGUGAGGCACACUGCUACAGAGAGCGAUAGUUAAUGGGAGUAUGUGUACGAUGAAAAUGACAGCAUUAAAAAGCUUACAGCGUGAGACAUGAACGAUCCACUGGGGGGAGUGAGUCGGGCUGGGGAGGUCCAUAGGUGGGAUAUGCAGGAGCUUGCAGCGGGGAAGGUGGCUGCCAAGCAGGAGGAGGCUGGUAAGUAGACGGUUAGGCAGGGUUCGGCCGAUCAGUUUGUGGGGUGGUGGCAAGUUAAAGUCAUCUGGGCGUCACGCUGAUUUGAGCGCUGGUGUGAUGUCCUGAAUCUCUGAUAGGCUGGAGAGUGGACCAGAGCCUGAUUUGCUUUACAGAGAUCUGGUUCUCCGCAGUGGGAUUAGAAGCCAAACAACCACAUAUGGCUAACACUCUGGCAUCCUAGUGCUGACAGCCAUCUGCUUUUGGCAGAGAGGAAGAAAAACAAAGACUGCGCCAGCACAGAAACCACUGCAGACCCCUGACAACAUCCAAAAAAACAAAGAUACAUGACUGUAUACUAGGAGAUAAGUGUUAACUUACUAGUCUAAUAAUGAUGUUGAGAAAAGACAAUCGGUUUUACAUCCGGCUUCUUCUUUUAGCCUGCACCAAUGAACGAACUUUCCAUGAUCGUCUCUUGAUUUUCCUCAGGCACAAUCCCUUUCAAGAUUUCUCUUUUUGGCCUCAGAAGGUUUAAACGUUUUCCUUCCCUCAGCCAUGACCAGUAGUAGAGCAGGCGGAAAAAUAGAGCAAAAACCUUAGCUCCAUGAUGUAAGAGCUUGCUGCCGUACAGCGAUACAUUCUUCCAGGUCACAUGACCUGGCCUUUGGUGCGUCAUCCCCCAACUUAUAUAGGCGGUAUUUCAAGUUGGGAGCACCGCUCGUAGCAUUACUACCGUGAAGCACUGUAUAUUUGCCUGAGGAAUCAUUUAAAAUAACUAAUAUGCGUCAACUAUUUAGGUCACAAAGUCCGCGGUGUGCCUUUAACAUAUUUCUAAAGAAUGCAGAUAACUGAUCAUUUGUAAAUUACAGCCAAACCCAAAAAAAUCAAAUCCAAGUUUGAUAAUAUACCUGAAGUUAUGUUAUCAAACUUGGAUUUUAUUGUUUUUGCUAUUCAUUUGUGAAAUCAUAGUUUUAUUGAUUGAAUGGACAGAAAAACCAUGGAGUUGUGGGACUGUGCAAUUGAAGGACAUAGAUAAGUUGGAUGUAAAAAAAUUAAGUUUGCGAUGUUUACAAGAUUUUCAACUGAAAUUAUUGAAUUCCAGCUUUUACGCUGGUGUUUAUUUGUUAAGAUGACAAAUGUACACACAGUGGUUUGGCCAUUAUACUUUUUUUUUCUGAAGCAAACAGCUUUGCAAGAAAGAAAGAAAACUAAAGCGAAAGAGAAAGGAAGAACUCCAUUAUAGAGAAAGGAGCGUACAAGUAUGCAAGACAUUCAGACCGUUGAAUACAUUUCAAAAUGUAAAUAUUGAUCAGGAAACAAGUAUGGAGCUUGUAGAAAAAUGUCAAAAAAAGCAUUUGUCUCCUGUAAAAGAGUAAACCUAGUCACAUUAUCACAAUAAAAAUGUUUGUUUUUCUAAA